AUGAGCAACAACAACCCAACAGGAAUCAACGGCCAUGGCGUCAAGAAUUAUCCUGAUGACGAGACACUCAAGGCAUCCUUAUUUCAAUAUGCAAAAGAAAAACUCACAACCGCACAACGUCUCGCAAGGCUAGAAGCUGAACAUAACCUUGUAAUCAAAGCUCCAACGUUGUACAAGUUGUCGCAAAAAUUCAAUGUACCAAGUGUUCGGCGGCUGCCCCCCGCUGAUAUUGCUACACAAGCAGUUCUGGAAAACGUCGCAAACGAUCCUUCACAAGGACGUGGGGUCGGGACCAUUGGCACCCUUCUUAGCAAUCAAGGGAUGCCUCUUCCACGAAUUGAAGUGUUCAAUGGAUUUAGGGACUUCAUUCGAAAUGCUUGGGUAUCUAUGGGAUCAAGGACCAAUGGUCCUCAUAUGUUCUUCACCUCGUUGUUGUCCCAAACAAUCGACUCGCUACUACAGUUGGGCACAUCCACCUUGAUUGUGUUGAAAACAUUCUCAUUUCUCACUAAAAUCUGUUGCACUGGUACAUUUUGGUUCUUCUCCAUAGCACGCAGUAGCCACAAUGUGUCUAGGUAG